AUGAAUAUCAUAGUCACUGGCCUGCUGCUAUUUCCUAUCCAGCCAUCGAUUGCCUUUAGUCGCCUGUUGCAAAAGCGUGAGACAUCAGCUGCUCAGGCCAAGAUUCCUCAUGGUGGCAUUCUCUUGAAAAACGGUAGGCAGACGUCAUGCGAGCUGGCUUUAAUUACAAACCGACUUGCAUUUGCUGCGGCUAGCUGCUUUGAUGUGGAUACAUAUAAUAAUGCCAAUGGUAUAUCCCGGUAUCAGGUAGCCCUUGAUUCCGGCGGGCCACCGAUAACUAAGGAAAUCGUCAGCGUUGACAAGGUCACGAUCAAUCCCCAGUACAACUCCACCACAUAUGCUAGCAAUCUGGCAGUUGUAUUUUUCAAUUCCAAAGCCAAAGAAGCAUGGAGCAACAAGAUCGACGUAUUUCCGCAAGAAUUGGCCAACAGAGCCUACGUUCGACACUCGCUGGGUGAUGUGGAAAACCAGGUUUGGAAUUCACCAGCAGUCAUCAACGGUAAGCGCAACGACGAUGGAUGCAAGCAGGCAUCGGUUCAGUAUGCGUCCAACCCCGCUGACCUCUGGUGUACCACGCGGACAACUGCAUCCCCAGUGAACACAACUUGCCAUGUUCCAUAUGGAAUUGCAUAUGGCAUAAUUAACUCGGACAUGGUCAUAACCGCCCUGUAUAGCCACUCUGCUGUGUACGGAGGUGAUUUUUGUAGCAGCUCAAAGACCUACAGCUACUACACGGUGCUCUCCAACUUUAUCAAAUGGGCAAAUACCAUCAUCCCGAACCCAAUCUCUGUAUUUUCCAGUGAUGGGCAGUCUAGUGCUAGUAAUGAUGACUGGUAUGGAUUCGAGAAUGCAACGGCUCCAAUUCCCAGAGGUUUCCAGUUUAUCAGCGGAGAUUUAUAUGCUCGAUACGGCAGUUCCGAACCAAACACUACUACAAGCAAUCACUUGGUCCCUACUGGCACUGUGGCGGCCCAUGAUACAUUUUUAUCAUCAUCAGCCAACCAAGACGAACCAAGUGGGAACGUAGGUGAUUCUUCGGUUACAGAAUCCCAGGGGCUUGGAAAAGCACAGAUCGUUGCGCUCUCUGUAAGCAUUCCAGUUGCCAUCAUCAUCAUUUCACUCAUGUCCUUAUUCUUCUACAGGCGUUGGCGGAGAUACAGGAGCACUACAUCAUGCGAUUCCGAAAGCGAGAACCAUGGAAUAGUCGAAGUUACUCACAAUGUGGAGCGGCCUGACGAGCCCACAGCCCGGCCACCAUCAUACACCAGCACUGAUGGCAUAAUUGAUGAUACCUCCGGGUUUGACCCAAAGAACGACAGCGGCAUGCACCAGCAAUAAAAAGAGUGACUAGUGUAGUUUCAGACAGCAUCAAGAGCCACUGUAGCUGACCAAUACUACCAUUCAAGCCAUUGGCAUCAUUAUUGCAGGGUCAAUGAUCAGCUUCCCUGUUGGUCCU